AUGUUGUCUAGCAGUAGUAUGCGGCUGCGGGCCGUAACGGCUUUAGGAUGUGGAACUAGACCCGUCCUCUCCCUUUCACCCUCGUCAAACAUCCUCCAUCUGGCUCCGCCUUUCCUGCUAGAUGACUACAUCCCUCGCUACCAAUUGCUCUCCGAAGUCGACGCCGCAAAGAAGCGGUCGCAGGCAUACGCCCAUCUGCAGAACUGCAAUCUCUGCCCGCGCCUCUGUGGUGUGAACCGCUACGAGACGACGGGCAUGUGUCUCAUCGGCGCAAAUGUCACGGUCAAUGUCAUUGCGCCGCAUUUCGGCGAGGAACCCUGCAUCCAGGGCCACAACGGCAGCGGCUCCGUCUUCUUCUCAGGGUGUAACCUGCGGUGCACAUUCUGCCAGAACCACGACAUCGCGCACCAGCGCAGCGGGUUCGACCUGACGCCGGAGGAGCUCGCGCAGUGGUACGUGAAGCUGCAGGACGUCGGGCACGUGCACAACAUCAACCUCGUGACGCCCGAGCACGUCGUGCCGCAGGUCGCGCUCUCGAUCCUGCACGCGCGGACCCUGGGGCUGGCGGUGCCCAUCGUGUACAACACCUCUGCCUUCGACUCGCUCGCGUCGCUGGCGCUCCUCGACGGGCUCGUGGACAUCUACAUGCCGGACUUCAAGGUCUGGUCCGCGCGGACGUCGAAACGACUCCUGAAAGCAGAUGAUUACGCCGCGGCUGCCACGGAGAGUAUCAAGGCUAUGCAUGCGCAGGUCGGGGAUCUGUGCUUCACGGGCGACGGGAUUGCGAAAAAGGGGCUUCUCGUGCGCCAUCUCGUUAUGCCGGGCCAGGAGGACGAGGCGAGGGAGAUCGUGAAGUUCAUCGCGGAGAACGUCUCGAGGGAUACUUUUGUGAAUAUCAUGGAGCAGUAUCGACCUACUGCGCACGUUGGGAAGCCGAGAAGGAAGACGAAGAAGAAAGAAUCUGGUGCUGGGAUAGAUGGGGAGGAGCAGAGCGCUGAAAAGGAAGACGGUGUGCGGUAUGCCGAGAUCAAUCGCGCCGUUUCUGGUGACGAGGUCUCUGCUGUCAGGAAGGCUGCUGAAGCCGUCGGUCUUUGGCGAUUCUGCGAUCCGCCUAGACAUGAUGGCUUUGCUAUAUAA